AUGCCACAUGGAAACAGGAAAGCUAAACAGGAUCCAAAGAAGAAGCGCGAUCGGCACCUGAAGCGGGCAGCUGCAAAGAAUGGUGAACAAACUUCCAGAAGAGAAAGGUUGCGGCUCAGCGACGGCGUCAUUCCGCGCGAUGAAAAUACUAUUCAUCUGGCCCAGCUCCCAAAAGCAGUGUCAAAGCACGAUGUGAAAGCCAUGCUUGAGCUGGCCUUCGGCAAAGUCACCCAUGUGCACCUGGACCGUACUCUGAAGUUUGGCUUUGCCCGAUUUGAAGAAGAGAAAAGCAAGUCUGCUGCAAUCCAGAUGGGCACCGUAGAGUUUCUCGAUGAAAGAGUAGAGAUGCGCUGUGGAAGAAAAGGCCGUAAGGAGAAACCAGAGACUGCUCCCGAGCCACAUCCAGAUGACAAGAAAGAUGACAACAGCGACCUUGCAAGAGAGGCAGCUGAAAACGCGGGCAGAUCAACAGCCACUACAUCCACCGGUGAUGAGGCAAGACAGGAGAGAUGCACACACACACAAUAA